AUGGAGCCCUACGUGGUGCUGGACCCGCGGCAGCGAGCGCUGUACCGCGACGUGAUGCAGGAGAGCUACGAGGCGCUGAUGGCGCUGG